UUGACGAAUCAAGAACCUCUGCCUCUCCCUUCCAUUUAUUAACUCAAGCUGAAGAUGACGAUAAACAAUGCGAGCGGAAGAUAAGGCGCCUGGAUGUUCUGACACGGUCGUUAGCAUAAUAACACUCAAGUACUUGGUACCCCAACACUUCAGUUCAGUUCGUGCUGACGACUCGAUCGCGUCGCGUUGAUUUGCCAGACAGUGACAACUCUGGAGUUACCACGCGCUAAUUAACGCACACUGUUUAUAAAUACGGCAUUCCACAGACAAAUGAGAAAAUAAUCAAACGUGAUAGCUUGUAAAUACUGCGACGUGGAUUUUCCCAUUAUAUCCUGACCCUCUGAUUACUCUGUGACACAGACCUGAGGUGAAAUAACAAAACCGUCAAUAACCCACACAACUUCGAUCCACUCACCCUAUUAUCACAAGCUGACAAAUUGAAACGAUAGAAAAUCGACAAAAUUACCUGUAUCAUCUUCACAGAGGGUGCGACGAGAAUUGAGGGGCUAAAAAAUGGUCAUGGAGGCAUCAUCAAUGGUGGUGGAUUACCUUGUGUUCAUCGCAGUUAUAAUCGCAUCGUUUAUCAUACCGCUGUGGGGUAAAUUCCGUACGAAGAAAAAGGAGACUAAGGCUAGCUAUGUAUUUGCAACGGGAAGCGUGUCAAUGGGUGCAAUGAUGUUGUCCAUUGCACGUGGUACACUAGGUGUUAGAUCAUUUCUUGGAUAUCCAUCAGAACUUUAUUACCGUGGUAGCGCAAUGUGGGAGACGAUAUAUGGUAUGCUUCUGGCGUAUCCCAUUGUGUGCUACAUCUUCGUACCUGUUUACUACAGUCUGGGCAUAACAUCCGUCUACCAGUACUUGGACAUGAGAUUUCACUCGAAGCUAGUCAGGUGUCUAGCCAGUUUUUCUUAUGUACUGAGGAGUCUUCUUAAUCUUGCUGUCAUUGUCUUCACACCGUGUGUUGCUCUUAACACGGUCAUCGGACUGCCCUACUGGGCUAGUAUCGUGGGAAUCACCACAAUAUCUGUCGUCUUCUCUUCUAUGGGAGGUUUGAAAGCAGCCAUACUUUCAGAUGUAAUACAAGGCCUCACAAUGAUUGGCGUAUCACUAGUGAUCAUUCUCCAAGGUGUCAUUGACGUAGGGGGCCCCGGUACAGUUUUGAACGUGACUCACUCCCACGGACGACUGGAUUUCUUUGAUUUCAAUAUGGAUCCAACCAUUCGCGUUACAACAGUGUCAGCAACAUUGGGGCAAUUGUUCAUGUCGCUCUCCAUAUUUGGGUGCCAGCAGAACUUUGUCCAACGGUACUGCAGCAUGAGCAGUAAAAGCAAAGUCGUAAAAACAAUGAUGGCAAAUAUGCCAGUUAUAACAGUACUAUUUUCACUAUCCUGGGUAGUUGGAAUGGUGAUAUACUCUUCUUACAUAGACUGCGAUCCCCUGAAAGCGGGUUACAUUUCGAAAUUCGACGAAAUAGUUCCAUUCUACGUUGAGGAUAAGUUAUCAUAUCUCCCUGGGCUUCUUGGACUUGUAAUGGCAACCCUCUUCAACAGUGCUCUCACUCUGGCUGUGUCUAAUCUCAAUUCCUUAGCAACAGUUACAUUCGAGGACUUUCUCAGUCAGAUACCAGCUCUGAGUAAUCUCAAGGACCGUCAACAGCUGCAGUUGAUCAAAUUACUCGGUGUUAUAUACGGUAUACUGAUAGUAGGAGCUAGUUUCCUCGUUGGUAUGUUGCCUGGUGUUAUCGAAUCGUCGAUGCUCAUGACAUCAGCCACAUCGGGGCCUCUGCUUGGUGUCUUUCUACUGGCAAUGCUCGUGCCAUGCGCCAAUUGGAAAGGUGCUGCUAUUGGAAUGGUUGUUAGUCACCUUACGUCAAUGUGGCUGACAUUUGGACAUCUCACUGUGACUGCUGGUGCUGAGCCAUUACCCCUCUCAAUUGAGGGAUGCACGAACGAUACAUUCUCAUCCCAUUUGCACCCACCAACAUCCGUCAUUUUCAAUACUACACCCUCUGCAACACCACUCCUCGCAUCUUCGCCAAAGAAUCCUCUCGAAUUGGUAUACAGUAUUACUUACAUGUAUUAUGCACUCAUUGGUAGCAUGACAACGGUUAUCAUUGGUACAAUUGUCAGUUUACUGACAGCUAAUGCCAAGGAGGACGCUUACGAGGAGCAUCUCCUCCAUCCACUGGCUUUGAAAAUAUCAAAGUCCUUACCGGGUUCAUCAAGACUAUACGCUGAGUCGAGAAAACUUGGUGAUGAGCACGACGGAACAAAUCCUGCCUUCACAGCGUCAAUGACAUCAGUCGAGAGUGGGGAUAAAAUCAGUCCACGGGAUCUCGAAAUUAAUGGCAAGGUACCACAGGGUGGACUUGAAUACAUGAGAAAAGUCAAUGCACUUAAGGAUGCGUCAUUGGAGGUUACUCAAGAGGUGAGUAAAGGCACGAGACUCUGAGUAAUUUCUAGCAGAGGGGGAUUCAAUGGGAAAAUGUUCAAUGACGUCAAACUGCAGUGAUAAUACUUGAGAAUUUAUAUUCUUAUGAAUAAUUGACUGUAAGGAAUUAACGAAUAGAUGUUUGUACAUAGCGGGAGAAAUUGUUUACUUGUUCAACGUAAAUGAGCUUUAAUCAUAGGUAAAAUGUAUAUUGUGUAUAUUUUUUUAUAAUUAACUUAGUCAACCCAGUUUGAUGAUACUUCAUAAUACCAACGUCAACAAGUUUUCAAUCGACAUACUCGAGCUUAAUUCGCCAACGGCUCAUUUCGAGAACAUUCAUAAUUGUAUUGUACAGUUAAUGAGAAGACAAUAGGAUUAUUUUAAUAAUUCCAGUGUACUGAAAAGUUUCUGGAUGAAUCAGGGUGAUUAUGAGAGAACCAGUGAGAAUGUUUAUUCGGUGUUGUACGACGAGCCGGUGAGGUUUUAGAGUACUUAACUGCAUGAUUGAGUAAAAGCAUCAUUAAAAAAUGAAUCAGUAAUAAGUUUCAAGUUAAUAGUAGCAACGUUGUGUUUACGUUGCGAUUUAUUUAAACCAUUCGUAUCGAAUUUAUCGCAUCGUGAUGUAUAUUUAUUUGUAUCGAGAUUCGAACAGUUGAUAUUUCUUCGAUAAAUGUAAUACUUUAAUUAGGUGUGUAGAUGGGAAUUAUCCGAAUUAAAAAAUGUGCCUGAAUUUUGUUACGUGUACGUUCGAGUUAUGUUGAACCUGUGUAAUCUCUUUCAUUUUUUCUGUUCCAAUUUUCUGCUGUUUAAUUAUCAAAUCCUCUUUGGCGUAACAAAAAAUAGCGUAACGUGUACGGCGUAUGAAUUAACACUGGGUACAAAUGCAACGGAUGUUAAUACUGAUAAUGCAUCCGACUGUUGGAUGGAUGAGUGCAUGAGAGGAGAUAUAUUGCGUGACUGGACAUUUCUGGCCAAUGUAUCAACAGCGAUGAGAAAGUGUCAAAAAUGUUUUUGUCCACUUUGUGCGAAUUAUUGCACUCAACGCACAAUAUACUCUACGUACGCCCACGUUGGUGUGAACGUACAUCCAAUUAACACAAUGUAUGGUUAUUUAGAGUCUCUGCUAUCUCUCACAUCCCAAUGAUAGGGGGGAGUGGCUAAUACCAUUUAUAUACCAAUAAAGAAGUACUGACUGUAGUCGAUUAUCACGAGAAUUGUCGAGUCCAUUCGAGUCCAGUGCCUCGGACUCGACUAAUUCGAAUUUCGGCUCUUGACGGAAACACGGAGUUACUCAUACUGAAAAUAUAUCUGGUCUAUGGCAAAAACGCUUUGAAAA